AAACGUAUUUACCGCGACUUUCCCGAAAUGAUGCUGCAGAGGGCUCGCACUCAGCGAAUCGGAAAUGUCUACUUUAACGCUUUUCUUAUUGGAACUGUCACGUUGUUGCUCUGUCAAAAUACCACAAUGGCGGAGGAAGUACCAGCGUUCUUUUUGAAAAUCGCCAAAAUACCUACUCUACCUCGAGUAGGUCGAAGCGGAAGAUUUGAAAAUUUCUUUUACAAAGCUGAGAAGCAUAUACCUCGAAUUGGUAGAAGUAAUCAACAGUCACUCAAUCCUGCAUCGCUGCAAGACAAACAAGAAACUUACUCCGGUUUAACUAAAAGGCGUAUAGAUUAUCCCUCGAAAGUUGAGGAAUGGACCUGGCAGAAUUUUCCUCUAGCGAUCGAAGGUCCAAAGGAAUUAUGGAGGGCAUUAGCUGGAUUUUCAAGGGACGGCGAUGAUAUCGAGAAUGAGGUGUGGGAGAGAAAGAAAAGAACCGGAACUGAACCAGCAAGCACACGAGCGAAAUAACAAAACCACGGAAGUUCUUCAUCGCUUUGGGAACGCUAAAUGUUAUACGGCCUUUGCUGUUAUAUGGUGACGGGAAAUAAUUAAAAAUAAUAAACGCGUAAAUAUCAAGUGGUUUCGCUUUCAUCUUUCUUCAAUUUUUGUCACGCCAAAAAGGGAGAUCUCAAUAAAUGAUCAUUUUUCUAAACUAAAUUAUAAUUUGUUCCCUAACAAUUUACAAUGUAUAAUGUAUUAGCAAAAUAUAACAAUUCGUAGGAAAUAUAGUAAUUGUUUAGAAUGCAGAGUCUUAAUA